GAUGAAUCUAUGGCCCUAGAUGAAUCUGAUUCUAGUGAUGAGGAUAGUGAUGAUGACAUUUAUAACAUCGAGCCUGAUCCUGGGUUGAGGACUCCUAUCUCAAGCUAUGAUGUUAAUGAACGAGAUUCAGUUAGAAGGGCCUACAUUGCAUUGGGACGAUGUAAACCAAAGGUGCGGAAGAAAGAUUUUCCGUAACAUGACUGCGGAGAAAUUGGAAUAUGAAAGCGAGAUUUCGUAAGCAUGCUGGUGAGGUGAAUAGUGCUCAUUGUGAAGCCGAAGAGAAAUAUAAUUUGUUCAUCAAACCUAAAGCAUCAAUCCGUGAGGCCAUUUCCUCACAGACCACACAGUACAAGGCUGAGUAUCUAGCUCGAUUAAAAUGGUCACUUGAGUGCAUAAAAUUUAUUUUGCAUCAGGGGUUGGCUUUUAGUGGUCAUGAUGAGGGAAAGGAUUCUAAAAAUAAAGGAAAUUUCCGAGAACUUUUGCAAUGGCUGGCAGGCAACUUUGAAGAAGUUAAUAAGGUUGUUUUAGGAAAUGCUCCACAGAAUUGUCAGAUGAUAGAUCACAAGAUUCAAAAACAGCUUAUUAGUUCUUGUGCUCAUGAAACAACAAAAUUUGUCAUAGAGGAACUUGGUGAUGAGUGUUUCGCAAUUCUUGCUGAUGAAUCUAGUGAUGCAUACCAACAAGAACAGUUAGCUCUUUGCUUGCGAUUUGUCAAUAAAAUAGGGGAGCCGGUUGAAAGGUUUCUUGGUCUUGCUCAAGUUGAGGAUACUACAUCAUUGACUCUUAAAGAAGCAAUUCAGACCUUGCUUAUGAAGUAUCAACUGCCGAUAUCCAAGGUACGUGGGCAAGGGUAUGACGGUGCGAGUAACAUGAAGGGUCAUGUUAAUGGUUUGAAGAAACUAAUCAUGGAAGAUUCUCCUUCUGCUUAUUAUGUUCAUUGCUUCGCCCAUCAGCUUCAACUAACCCUUGUAGCUGUUGCUAAGGAGAAUAUUGAUUGCAAAUGGUUCUUUGGGCACCUUGCAUAUUUGUUGAAUGUUCUUGGGAUGUCAUGUAAAAAGAUCCGCAUGCUUCGCGUAGCUCAAGCUGAGUAUAUGAUUGAAGCAUUGAAACUAGGUGAAAUUGAAGCUAGCCAAGGUUUGAGUCAAGAGAUGGGCCUAGCAAGGCCCGGGGGAUCUCACUACAAAACGGUAAUGCAUGUUAUGUCUUUGUAUCCUUCAAUCAGGAAAGUUCUCUUUAGGCUUGGGAAAGAAAGUAAUUCAGCAGAGGCUUUAGGAGCUCAAACUAUGUUGGAAGUAUUUAAAUCAUUUGAGUUUGUUUUCAUGUUGCACUUGAUGAAUGAAAUAUUUGGGUACACAAGUGACUUAAGUAACGCUUUGCAAAAGAGGGAUCAAGAUAUUGUGAAUGCAGUUGAUCUUCUCGAGUUCACAAAGGUACAACUGCAAGUUCUAAGAGAAGAUGAUGGAUGGAAAGACUUCCUUGAGAAUGUCACUUCUUUUUAUGUGAAGCACAAUGUCAUAUGUGUUGACAUGGAUGGGAAGUACAAGCCUAUACAAAGAGCAAGAGCGUUCUAUAAAAAUGCCAUGAAUUACCACCGGUUCCAUGCUGAUAUGUUGUUGGGUGUCAUUGAUAGGCAACUUCAAGAGCUUAAUAACAGGUUUGAUGAGGUAAACACGGAGCUACUUAGAUGCAUGGCAUCAUUCAGUCCAGCCAAGUCAUUUUCUUAUUUUAAUAUUGAUGACUUGGUUAAGCUUGCUGGGUUCUAUCCUCAUGAUUUUGACUUUGAAGAAAUGCACCAACUUCCUUUUCAAUUGAAUCUCUAUAUUACUGAUGUGAGGAAUGAUGAAAACUUCACAAACUUGAGAAGUCUAGCAGAGUUGUCUAUGAUACUUGUUAAAACAGGGAGGGCUCUUCGGUAUGAUAUUGUUUACAAACUUCUCAAAUUGGUGCUAGUCCUUCCUGUUGCAACAGCCGGUGUUGAGAGGGUCUUUUCAUCAAUGAACUAUAUAAAAAACAAGCUAAGAAGCAAGAUGGGGCAAAAAUACUUGAGUGGUUGCUUGGUCACAUUCAUUGAAAGGGAUUUCUUCUUGCAAGUUAAGGAUGAGGACAUUAUCACACAUUUUCAAAGCAUCAAGGAUCGCAAAGUUAUCCUGUGAUUUGUAAGUUUUUAUCGAUCCUAUAUAUAUAUUAGAUUUUGCGAUGAUAUGUUGAACAAUGUUUUUUACUUCCAUAUGGUGAACAAUACCAAGUUAUGAUCAAUUUUUGUGAAUAUAAUAUAUUAUGUGGUAUCUUUUAUAUAGUUUAGAACUAGUACAAUAUGCUUCUGUAAUUGAUUAUACGCCUGAAAGGAAGGCCAUAGACUUUCAAAAAAAUACAAAAUUUGAAUACACAGUCUUGAAUUCCUGGGCCCGCCCCUGCCUGCACGACGGCGACGCCGAGCCAUCCCGGCCCCGGUGUGGCCUCGCAAGGGCGAGGAGCAGGUGAAGACGACGACGAGGACCACGCCUUCGACCUGAAGGGGCUGAAGCUCCCGAUGGGGGAGUUGUUCGUCACGCUCGCGACCUGGCCGUGGGGCCUGACCCCGCCGUCCGCCUCCGUGUCUGGGGAGCCAACGAGCUGGAGCCCAA